CACACUGCUGUCUGCUGAGAAUCCCUUGAAUAUUGCUGCUGAUAUGGGGCAUGUCGACUUUGUGAAGGAGAUUAUAAAGUUGAAACCAGUUUUGCCAAAGAGGUAAACCAAGAAGGCUUUAGCCCUACGCAUAUAGCAGCAGCCAAUGGCCAUGUUGAGAUUGUGAAGGAGCUAAUGAAAGUCGACAUCAAACUCUGCCGGUUAGAGGGAAGACAGAAAAUGACUCCUCUACACUAUGCAGCUAUCAAAGGGAGGGCGGAGGUGAUCAGUGCAAUGCUUUCAGAUUGUCCUGAUUGUAUUGAAGAUGAGACUGAUCGAAAGGAGAAUGCUUUGCAUCUUGCGGUCAAGAAUAACAGAUUUGAAGCAAUAAAGAUAUUGGGGGACUGGAUCAAAGACAUGAACAAGGAAUACUUGUUGAACAUGAAAGAUGAGCAAGGGAAUACAGUUUUGCACCUUGCAAGCUGGAAAAAACAACGCGAGGUGUUAGAAAUGCUACUUGGAAGUGGAACUGUAAGUUCAGGCUCGUUGGAAGUGAAUGCCAUUAACCAUAGUGGCCUCACCGCCCUCGACAUGGUUCUAAUUUUCCCAAGCGAAGCAGGGGAUAGAGAAAUUGUUGAGAUCCUUCGAAGCGCGGGAGCAACAAGAGCAAGAGAUAUCAUCCAGUCUACCAUUUCCAACAAUCAAACCUCUACUGACAACCCCUCAACACCAGAGAGAUGCCUGUCAAACGGGAAUAAUUUGAUAGAAUACUUCAAGUUUAAAAGGGGGAGGGAUUCACCUAGCGAAGCGCGCAGCACACUACUAGUUAUAGCUGUUUUGGUUGCAACUGCAACGUUCCAAGUUGGAGUCAACCCUCCAGGAGGAGUUUGGCAAGAUACAAACAUUCCUGACCAUACUAAUAGUACCAGCAGCAGCAAUGCUCACUUUGGAGGUCAGUCCAUUAUGGCUACCACAAACAAAGUUGGCUUCAUGCUGUUUGUGUUUUUCAACUCAGUAGGGUUUUCCAUGUCUCUUUACAUGAUCUAUGUCCUCACAAGUGAAUUUCCCUUGCAAUUUGAGCUUCAAAUAUGUCUGCUUGCUAUGUAUGGUACUUAUGGAACCGCGUUACCAUGCAUUGCGCCGUCCAGCCUCAAUCUACCUGUCCUGUUAACCACAACAAUAUUGUCUUCAACUACGUCCGCUUUAGCACAAGUAGCACGUCCACUUACAACAAUGCUCAAGAAAUUUUUCAAGGACUUAACUCAUAGAGUCGUUUGAAAGUGGAUGGAUGCAAAAUAAGGCUUCGAAUAUGAUUGUCUUGCUCACAUCACCAAGCGAGUCUCUUGCUGAUACAUUUACACAAGGUAAGAAGUUGUUGGCCAGGUAUCCAAUCGGCAUCAUCUGAAACUAAUGUAUAGGAUAAAUAUAUUUUCUUUUGCACGCUUUGAUAUGUGUGAGCAAGCGAUUUCUGUGCUUUCUCUCUGUCACAAACUAGUUGUUGUCUUCACAGGUUCCCCUUCCAAGGGGUAAGGUAUCUUUCCUUCGGUUUAAGUAAAAUUGUUUGUUCAUGUUUUCCACUUGCUACAUUGCGUUAAUAAACAUUCCACCAGAAGGUCUGUUCAUGUUCUAACCACAGCUUCAAUUACAUCCACUGUAGCUUAGCUGGCAAAACAACUUCCAAAGCUCGGAAAAAUCGCUGGCAACCAGACACGCAGGU